UUAGAUCGACAUAAUUACUACCGGCACGACAACGCUGAUAAAACAUUUGAUUUGACAUCACCUACGUUGGUGUCUUUGUCUCUUUUAUUAUUCUGUUUCUUCUUCUCCACCGUGACCGUCUUCCACUCUCACUCUCGAUCUCAAUUCCACCAUGGCUUCCUCCCUCGGCGACAAUUUCAACCUUCUCUCCCCGAAACAGCAAGAGUUGGUGAAGAUACUAUUGAACAAUGGCCAAGACCAUCUCUUCCGCGAUUGGCCGGCACCCGGCGUCGACGACGAUGAGAAGAAAGCAUUCUUCGAUCAGCUUGUUCUACUCGAUUCUAGCUACCCUGGUGGUUUGGAAUCUUAUAUCAAUAACGCCAAACGACUCUUGGCUGAUUCCAAAGCUGGAACUAACCCUUUUGAUGGCUUCACCCCUUCCGUUCCAACUGGUGAGACAUUGACGUUUGGUGAUGAGAAUUUCAUCAAAUUUGAGGAAGCAGGUGUGCGUGAAGCUCGCAGAGCUGCUUUUGUUCUUGUUGCUGGCGGUCUUGGUGAGCGUCUAGGAUACAAUGGGAUUAAGGUUGCUCUUCCGGCGGAAACAACUACGGGAACACGUUUCUUACAACAUUACAUUGAAUCCAUAUUGGCACUUCAAGAAGCAAGCUCAGACGGCGAAGGCAAGACACAAAUUCCUUUUGUUAUUAUGACCUCUGAUGACACUCAUGGGCGUACCUUAGAGCUAUUAGAAUCAAAUUCUUACUUUGGCAUGCAACCCACACAAGUAACACUCUUAAAGCAGGAAAAAGUUGCAUGCUUAGACGAUAAUGAUGCCAGGCUUGCACUGGAUCCUAAAAACAGAUACAGAAUUCAGACAAAACCUCAUGGGCAUGGUGAUGUGCAUUCACUUCUUCAUUCCAGCGGUAUUCUGAAAGUAUGGUAUAAUGCUGGGUUGAAAUGGGUUCUCUUUUUCCAAGAUACAAAUGGACUUCUGUUCAAGGCAAUUCCAUCAGCACUGGGUGUCAGUUCUACCAAGCAGUACCAUGUUAAUUCUCUUGCAGUACCUCGGAAAGCAAAAGAAGCUAUUGGUGGAAUUACCAGGCUCACCCACUCAGAUGGAAGGUCUAUGGUGAUAAAUGUGGAGUACAAUCAGCUAGAUCCUCUUCUGAGAGCAAGUGGAUACCCUGACGGUGACGUCAACAGCGAGACCGGCUACUCCCCAUUUCCAGGAAAUAUAAACCAAUUGAUUUUAGAACUUGGUCCUUACAUUGAAGAGCUCACAAAAACCGGAGGUGCCAUACAGGAGUUUGUUAACCCAAAGUAUAAAGAUUCCAGCAAAACUGCAUUUAAAUCGUCAACUCGACUUGAAUGUAUGAUGCAAGACUAUCCUAAAACAUUGCCCCCAUCUGCCAGGGUUGGCUUCACGGUGAUGGAAACAUGGUUUGCUUAUGCACCUGUGAAGAAUAAUGCUGAGGAUGCUGCUAAGGUGCCAAAAGGAAAUCCAUACCAUAGUGCUACCUCUGGAGAAAUGGCCAUCUAUCGUGCAAAUAGCAUUAUUCUCAAAAAGGCUGGUUUCCAAGUAGCAGAUCCAGUAUUGCAGAAUUUCAAUGGUCAAGAGGUUGAAGUUUGGCCCCGUAUCACAUGGAAGCCAAAAUGGGGUCUGACUUUCUCUUCAAUCAAGAGCAAAGUCAGUGGAAAUUGCUCCAUUUCUCACAAGUCUACACUUGCAAUCAAGGGUCAAAAAAUUUUCAUUGAAAAUCUUGCCGUAGAUGGGGCUGUUAUCAUAGAUGCCGUCGACGAUGCAGAGGUAAAGGUAGGUGGUUCAGUUCAGAACAAGGGUUGGACUAUCGAACCAAUUGACUACAAAGAUUCCUCAGAACCUGAGGUAUUGAGAAUCAGAGGUUUUAAAUUUAACAAAGUUGAACAGGUGGAAGAGAAUUAUUCUAAGCCAGGAAAAUUUCAGUUCAAGGGUUGAAGAUGCAUUUGUGUAAAGAAUAUAUAGCCCUCGUGCUUCAUUAUCUAUUCUUUAUUCUCUUGUAAUGUGAGCUAUAAAUUGGGUUUGGGAAUACCUUUUUAGUAGUAAUAAUAAUGUUCAAAGUAGUGACAUUAAAGUUUUGAAGGGUUUUUCGCACAAUGGCACCGGACUCCUACCUAGGUUUCUGUGUGGAGUAACUGUAUUAUUAUUUUGUUUAUAAGAUAAGAUUAGCUCCACCUUUGAUUAAGGGGAAUUUUGUGCAUUAUAGUCUGCAAGGUGUAAAUGAUAUGAUCCCCUUUUUAUAUUGGGACGUUUGAAAUUUAAUAAGUUUGAUUUAGAUGUUUAA